AUGAGAUAAUUUAUUAGAGGCUCACUCAAUUUAGCUCAAAUAAGCAAAACUUAGACUUUAAGAAAUAAAGCAAAUAACGAAUUCAUUCUUAAUGCAUUAAGUCCCUUAGAUGGUAGAUACGAAAAGAAUAUAGUUAGUUUGAAGGAAUAUUUCUCUGAAAAGGCACUUAUUAAGUAUCGUAUCAAUGUUGAAGUUGAAUGGUUAUCAUUUUUGAUUGAAAAGAAUAUGGUCAAGAACGAAAGGGGAGAAUCAAUCAAAAUUUCACCUCUAGAUUUAGUUCAUCUCGAUGCAAUUUAGCAAAAGUUUGACAUUGAAGGAGCCAAAAGAGUAAAAGAAAUUGAAAGCAUUACUAAUCAUGAUGUUAAGGCAGUCGAAUACUACAUUAAGGAACAAUUAGAAAAAAUUCCAGUCUUUAAUCAAGUUAAGGAAUACGUCCACUUCUGCUGCACAUCAGAAGAUAUUAACAAUUUAGCAUAUUCUUUGAUGCUCAAUGAUGCUAAAAAUAAAAUAUUAUUAAAAACCUUAGAAGAAGUUUAAACUAAUCUCAUUUCAAUGGCUGAAAAUAACUCAGCUGUUCCCAUGCUUAGUAGAACUCAUGGACAAGUUGCUUCUCCUACUACUGUAGGUAAAGAAUUAGCAAAUUUCGCCUACAGAGCUAACAGACAAAUUAAUCAAAUCAAAAAUGCUAAGUUCAGUGCUAAAUUAAACGGUGCUGUUGGUAAUUUCAAUGCCCAUAUUUUCGCAUACCCUGAAUUCGACUGGUCUAGUUUGAGUUAAGAAUUUAUUGAGUCUUUAGGAUUAGAAUUCAACCCAUACUCAACAUAGAUUGAGCCCCAUGAUUCUAUUGCAGAAUUUUACAAUACUCUCUCUUUGCUCAACACCAUUUACAUUGGCUUUAGUCGUGAUAUGUGGAACUACAUUUCAAUUGGUUACUUCAAGUAGAGAUCUAAAAAAUCAGAAGUAGGUUCAUCUACCAUGCCUCACAAAGUUAACCCUAUUGAUUAUGAAAAUUGUGAAGGUAAUUUGGGUAUGGCUAACAGUGUUAUGAAGCACUUUAGUGAAAAGCUACCUAUUUCUCGUUUCCAAAGAGACUUGAGUGACUCAACUGUUAUGCGUAAUCAUGGUAUUGCUUUUGGUUAUUCUGUUGUUGGUUAUAAGAGUUUAUUAAAGGGCCUUGAUAAAGUCGAAGUUAAUAACUAGAAAUUGCAAGAAGAUUUAAAUCAACAUUGGGAAGUUUUAGCUGAACCCAUAUAAACUGUAAUGAGAAAAUAUAAUAUGGAAAAUCCUUACGAAUUGCUUAAGGAUAUGACUAGAGGCAAAAGCGUAGUCACCAAGGAAGACUUGCAUUCCCUUAUUCAUAAAUUAAAGGUUCCAGCUGAUGUAAAGCAAAAAAUGUUAGACUUAACACCUGGAACUUAUAUUGGUAAUGCUGAAUAAAUGGCUCAUGUCAAAAAAUACAUCAAUUGA